AUGUUAAGAUCUAAUUUACAAUUCAUUAGAUUGAAUUCAACCAAAACUUUCGAUGUUGCCAUCAUUGGAGGUGGUCCAGGUGGUUACGUCGCUGCCAUCAAAGCUGCUCAAUUAGGUUUCAAAACUGCCUGUAUUGAAAAAAGAGGUGCUUUAGGUGGUACUUGUCUUAAUGUUGGUUGUAUUCCAUCAAAAGCUUUAUUAAACAAUUCUCAUUUAUACCAUACCAUGCAACAUGAAGCUAAAGAAAGAGGUAUCGAUAUUGUCGGUGAAUUAAAAGUCAACAUUGAUAAUUUACAAAAAGCUAAAGAAAAAUCAGUUAAAGGUUUAACCGGAGGUGUUGAAAUGUUAUUAAAAAAGAACAAAGUUGAAUACUUAAAAGGUGAAGGUUCAUUCAUUGACGAAUAUAACUUAAACAUUAAACCAAUCGAUGGAUCUGAAGAAUAUUCAAUUAAAGCCGACAAUAUUAUUGUUGCUACUGGAUCUGAAGUUACUCCAUUCCCAGGUAUUGAAAUUGAUGAAGAAAGAAUUGUUUCAUCAACUGGUAUUUUAGCAUUAAAAGAAGUUCCAAAGAAAUUAUCAAUCAUUGGUGGAGGUAUUAUUGGUUUAGAAAUGGCCUCAGUCUGGUCAAGAUUAGGUAGUGAAGUUACUGUUAUCGAAUUCCAAAAUGCUGUCGGUGCUGGUAUGGAUGGUGAAGUUGCUAAAACUGCUCAAAAAUUAUUAACUAAACAAGGUCUUAAAUUCAAAUUAGGAACUAAAGUUACUAAAGCUGAAAGAGAUGGUGAAACUGUUAAAAUUCAAGUUGAAAAUGUCAAAUCAGGUGAAGCUGAAGAAUUAGAUGCUGAUGUUUUAUUAGUUGCUAUUGGUAGAAGACCAUAUACUAAAGGAUUAAACUUUGAAAAGAUCGGUUUAGAAGUUGAUGAAAAAAACAGAUUAGUCAUUGAUUCAAAUUUCAGAACUAAACAUCAACAUAUUCAAGUUAUCGGUGAUGUUACUUUCGGUCCUAUGUUAGCCCAUAAAGCUGAAGAAGAAGGUAUUGCUGCUGCUGAAAUCAUCAAAACUGGUCAUGGUCAUGUUAACUACGGUAACAUUCCUUCAGUUAUGUACACCCAUCCAGAAGUUGCUUGGACUGGUUUAAGUGAAGAACAAUUAAAAGAACAAGGUAUCAAAUACAAAUCAGGUAAAUUCACAUUCGCUGCUAAUUCAAGAGCUAAAACUAAUAAUGAUACUGAUGGUUUCGUUAAAAUUUUAGCUGAUGCUGAAACUCAAAGAAUCUUAGGUGCCCAUAUUAUUGGUCCUAAUGCUGGUGAAUUAAUUGCUGAAAUGGUUUUAGCUAUUGAAUACGGUGCUUCACCAGAAGAUGUUGCAAGAACUUGUCAUGCUCAUCCAACCUUAUCUGAAGCCACUAAAGAAGCUAAUCUUGCCGUUUUUGGUAAACCAAUCAAUUCUUAA